AUGGCCGAGACAGAGCCGAUCAUCACACAAGGCAUCGAGCCCUCAUCUGGCGAAUCACAUUCACCACCAGGCGACCGUCACAUCACAGCAACAUGGGGAUCGAAAGACGGGAACAUAUCAAACGCAGAGUGGAAUGAUGCGGAAGCCAACAAGCUGCCUGAGAAGGUAGCUGACCUAGAGAAGAAGGGCGAAAUCAACGACCAACAUCCACGGAAGAGGAUUGUGGUUGCUGGGUUGGGUAUGGUGGGCAUUGCAUUCAUCGAGAAACUUAUGAAGUACGACGUGAAGCGGAGAGAGUACGACAUUAUAGUCAUUGGCGAGGAGCCACAUCUUGCAUACAACCGCGUCGGCCUGACGAGCUUUUUCCAACACCGGAAAGUUGAGAACUUAUAUCUCAACCCUAAGGAAUGGUAUGCGUCAAUGCCCGAAGGCUCAUUGAACUAUCAUCUCAACACCCUCGUUACCGAGAUCAACUCUGCUGAAAAAAACGUCAAGACUUCAUCCGGCGAAACAGUACCCUACGACAUCUUAGUCUUGGCAACAGGAUCCGACGCCCUUCUUCCACGACACACACCUGGCCACGACGCAAAUGGCGUAUUCGUAUACCGCACAAUAGAAGACCUGCAAAGACUCAUCGACUUUUCCUCAACAAGGAAAGGUACAACAGGCGCUGUAGUCGGGGGUGGUCUGCUAGGCCUAGAAGCCGCACAUGCGAUGAUGGAUCUUGAAGAUUUCGCAAAAGUGAAGCUCAUUGAGCGAAAUCGAUGGGUUUUGUCGAGACAACUAGAUGGCGAUGCAGGUGGCAUGGUUGUUGAGCAAGUGCGGGCGUUGGGCCUGGAUGUUAUGCUUAGCAAGAGAGUGGGCAAGAUCUUGACCACGGAAGAUAACUUCGUCAAGGGAGUUGUAUUUGAGGAUGGUGAGGAGAUGGAGUGCUCCUGCAUAUGCUUUGCAAUCGGCAUCAAAUCACGAGACGAGCUCGCCCGAAAAGCAGGUAUCAAAUGCGCCGAUAGAGGAGGUGGUAUCGUGGUCGGACCCGAUCUAGUAACCUCACAGCCUGAUAUCUACGCCGUAGGCGAAUGCGCCAGUUGGGAGAACCAAACAUUUGGUCUUAUCGCUCCUGGUGUCGAGAUGGCAGACGUCCUUGCCUUCAACCUCACUCAAGCGAAAGCGCAUGCUCCCCGAAAGUUCAAAGCCCCCGAUCUUAGCACCAAGCUCAAGUUGCUGGGUGUUGAAGUCGCAAGUUUUGGUGAUUUCUUCGCAGACCGCGAUGGACCAAAGAACAUGCCUGGACGACAACGAGCUGAGAAGAAGGAAGCCAACGGAGCGACGCCGAGAGACCGUGUCAAGAACUUGACGGAUGGACCGGCACCACCACCGGUCAAGGCUCUCACUUACAAGGACCCGUUCCAGCAGGUGUACAAGAAGUAUCUGUUCACUAUGGAUGGAAAGUACUUGUUGGGUGGCAUGAUGAUUGGGGAUACGAAAGACUACAUAAAGCUCGUGCCGAUGGUGAAGAACCAAAAGCAGCUGGAGAUGGCGCCAAGCGAGCUCAUUGUUGGUGCGCAAAAGGGCGACGAUGAUGGUUCAGAUCUAUCCGGCGACACCCAAAUCUGCUCAUGUCACAACGUCACCAAAGACGACGUUGUCAACGCUACCAAAGAUGGAACAUGCAAGAGCAUUGGCGACGUCAAGUCCUGCACCAAAGCCGGUACCGGAUGCGGAGGUUGUAUGCCGCUCGUGCAAACCAUCUUCAACAAGACCAUGGCUUCCAUGGGUAACGAAGUCAAGAACCAUAUCUGCCCACACUUCGAAUAUUCGCGCGCCGAUCUCUUCAACAUCAUCUAUGUGAAGGGCUUGAAGGACUUUGCCGCUGUCAUGAAGGAAGCUGGGAAAGAUCCGAACUCCUUGGGUUGCGAGGCCUGCAAACCAACUAUUGGAAACAUCGUCGCUUCGCUGUACAACAAGCAUCUGCUGGAGGUCAACAACAGGGGUCUACAGGAUACCAACGACAGAUUUUUGGCCAACAUUCAACGCAACGGUACAUUUUCGGUCGUUCCAAGGGUUUCUGGUGGUGAGAUUACCCCAGAGAAGCUCAUUGUCAUCGGUACCGUCGCGAAGAAGUACAACCUCUACACCAAGAUCACGGGUGGUCAGCGUAUCGACAUGUUCGGUGCGCGGAAACAAGAUCUUCCCGAUAUUUGGCAAGAGCUCAUCGACGGUGGAAUGGAGUCUGGUCACGCAUACGCCAAGUCACUAAGGACAGUCAAGUCGUGUGUCGGAACUACAUGGUGUCGAUUCGGUAUCGGCGACAGUGUAGGCAUGGCUGUGCGUCUAGAAGAGCGCUACAAGUCCAUCCGUGGACCCCACAAGAUCAAGGGUGGAGUAUCUGGCUGCGUACGCGAGUGCGCUGAGGCACAGAACAAAGACUUUGGUCUCAUCGCUACUGAGAAAGGCUUCAACAUCUUCGUAGGCGGUAACGGUGGUGCGAAACCUCGACACUCGGAACUCCUCGCAAAGGACGUGCCACCAGACGACGUGGUCCCCAUUCUCGACCGUUACCUCUCUUUCUACAUCCGCACAGCCGACAAGCUCCAACGGACAGCGCGCUGGAUGGAGAACCUGCCCGGUGGCAUCAAGUACCUUCAAGAGGUCAUCCUCGAAGACAAGCUAGGCAUCUGCGCAGAUUUAGAGAAGCAAAUGGAGGACCUUGUCGGCACUUUCUUCUGCGAAUGGACCGAAGUACUUAAGGACCCCAAGAAGCGGUCCUGGUUCUCCCAAUUUGCAAACACAUCCGAAACUAUCGUCGACACUAUCGAACCCACCCAAGAGCGUGGUCAAGAACGCCCCUCUUACUGGCCUAAAGACUCUAUCACGGAAGACUUCCGCGGCACAAAAUGGACAGAAUUAUCCUGGCAGCCCCUCGUCAAAGCUGAAGAGUUCAAAGACGCCGACACAGGUGACAGCAAGGCCAUCAAGCGCGGCGACACCCAGCUCGCCGUCUUCAAGGUUCGUGGUAAAUACUACUGCACCCAGCAAAUGUGCCCACACAAGCGUGCUUUCGUCCUCUCCGAUGGUCUCAUCGGCGACGAUCUCGCCAACAACAAAUUAUGGGUCAGCUGCCCGUACCACAAGCGCAACUACGAACUCUCUGGAGACAACGCAGGCAAAUGUGCGAAUGACGAGAGCGUCAACAUCGCCGUCUUUCCUAUCGAGGAGCGCGGUGACGGGUGGCUGUAUGUCAAGUUGCCUAGUGUGGAGGAGUUGGACAGUGUGCUCGGUACGAGUAAAUUCAAGAUUAAGAAGAGUGAAACGGAGGACCCGUUUGUUGCGCUGGAUAAGAAGCUACAGAGGAUGCAGUUGAAGGGCAGGAAGGGUAUGCAGGUUUCCCAUCUUGAGAAUGGGUUGGGAGAAAAGGCAAAAGCGGCACAAAUACUUACUGGUGGAGAAAGAGGCGCUGGGGGCUUGGACUGGUAG